AUGACGACAGACAGCCUAGAAAGCCCGGAUACCACUGUCCAAACCCUCCGCACAGUUCUCACUUCCGAGACUGAGCCGCUCGCUCGCCGAUUCCGCGCUCUGUUCUCGCUGAAGCAUCUCGCAUGCCUGCAGCCGCCCACCGAGAAGACACUGCCCGCAAUUCAGGCCAUCGCUGCUGGUUUCGUGUCCCCAUCGGCAUUACUCAAACAUGAGCUCGCGUACUGUCUCGGCCAGACGCGGAACACAGAUGCCUUACCGUUUCUGCUUGAGGUGGUGAAGGAUAAACAAGAGGAUUCAAUGUGUCGCCAUGAAGCUGCGGAGGCGCUGGGUGCCCUGGGCUACGAGAGCAGUCUGAAGGUCCUGAAGGAGAUUCGGGAUAGCAAGGAUGAGGUGGAUGUCGUUCGCGAGACUUGCGACAUUGCCGUGGAUAGGAUUCUGUGGGAACAAUCAGAGGCUAGGAAGGCCGAGAAGUUGAAGCCUAGCGACUUCACCUCCAUUGACCCCGCUCCGCCUAUGCCCUUGACCGCGAAAGAGCCUUCGAUUCCCGACCUAGAGAAAACACUCCUAGAUACAAGUCUGCCAUUAUUCGAAAGAUACCGUGCCAUGUUCGGCUUGCGUGAUCUCGCCUCACCCCCCGAUCUCCCUACCGCCCAGCAAGCUGUUGAAUCACUAGCAAAGGGCAUGAAGGACCCAUCUGCUCUAUUCCGUCACGAGAUCGCAUUCGUCUUUGGCCAGCUCUGUCAUCCCGCGUCAGUUCCGAGCCUGACAGAAACACUUAGCGACUUGAGUGAAGCUGGUAUGGUGCGACACGAAGCUGCAGAGGCUCUUGGUAGUCUAGGUGACGUCGAGGGCGUGGAAGACACUCUGAAGAAGUUCUUAAACGACCCGGAGAAGGUUGUGAGAGACAGCAUAAUUGUGGCACUUGAUAUGGCGGAGUUUGAGAAGAAUGGGGAGGUCGAAUACGCGUUGAUUCCUGAUUCUGGAGAGCUUGCUGCAGUGCCUGCUGCUUGA